ACGUAUUACGUCGGCCACACACGUAGAGACGUAGAGACCAGACGCCGGGUUUGUUUAUCGAUUCAUUUCUGGACCCAUUAGAGAUGUCUGGACGUGUGUGUGUCAGCAUCCUGCAAAGAGCUUCAAGCUGCACGCUGCCACUUCCAUCGUCACAGUAUACCCACUUGGAAACAUUCCCCUCUUCUCAGCCUCGACCAACCCACAAGCGAUACUUCUCAUCCCGUGGUGCAUUCAGAGCAGACCAGCUGGGCUCCAGGUUAGAGGACUCUUUGGGAAAUGGGUCUCUAAGUGGGCGACGCCUCUCAACUCGGCAGGAUCUGGACUUCCAUCUAAACCAGGUCCAGAUCAACAGUAUACUGCGGUUGAAUGAGCAGGCUGUAAGUGUUCCAGAGUUUGAUGGCAGGGGACUCAGUACUGUGAGAAAGUUUGAGAGCAACCAGCUGGCUGCUAACACCCCGAAUGAGGACCGUCGCAGUGCAGCCACCUGUUUACAGUCAAAGGGCAUGCUCUUUGGAGUGUUUGACGGCCACGGGGGCUGGGCGUGUGCGCAGGCCGUCAGUGAGCGGCUGCUUUACUACGCGGCAGUCGCCAUGAUGCCCAAGCAGAGCCUGGAGGAGCUCGAGAGAUGCGUGGAGCACGGCAGACCCGUUCCUCCCAUUUUGCAGUGGUACAAACACCACUCGGACUUCAACUAUCGGGAAUCUGCAUCGCUUUACAUAGACCACCUCAGAGUGUUCUGGCAAGAGUUACUGGACAGUGAGGAUCAUGGUGAAGGCAUGAGUCCUCCGGACGCUCUGGAUCAUGCCUUCAAACGGCUCGAUGGGGACAUCUCCUUAGAGGCCCAAGUCCCUCUUUCCAAUGACCUGAUGAAAAGCACAGCCAUUCAGGUUGCAUUUGCUGGUUGCACUGCCUCUGUGGCUCAUAUCGGCACAGAGGGGAUCCACGUUGCAAACACCGGUGACUGCAGAGUAGUAUUGGGCGUGCAGGAGGAGGAUGGUUCGUGGAGCGCCUUACCCCUUUCCCAGGACCACAACUCCCAAAAUAAGGCGGAGGUGGAUCGGAUCAAGGCCCUGCACCCGUCCUCAGAGAAGGACACAGUGAUCACAGAUGACAGACUUCUUGGGGUUCUGAUGCCGCUGCGUGCUUUUGGUGACGUGCGAUUCAAGUGGAGCCACGAGUUGCAGCAGAGCAUUUUAGCCGGCCUGGAGUCCGGAGUGGACCUGGACUCUCUCAAUUUGUACCAGUACACUCCACCUAACUACUUAACGCCGCCCUACUUGGACGUGGCACCCGACAUAACCUAUCACAAGCUGAGGCCCAAGGACCGCUUUCUGAUCCUCGGCACUGACGGCCUGUGGGAUGAACUGUCGAGCGAGGAGGCUGUGCGACUCGUUGGAGAGCACCUUAGUGGGAUUCACCUCCAGGCUCCAGUUUCUCCAUCAGAGAGGCAGCUGAAAUUGGGUCAGAUGCAUGAACUCCUGCUUAAGCGCAGGGCCCGCGCCUCCCCGGCUCCGGACACCAAUGCCGCCACGCACCUCAUCAGGCGCGCUCUCGGCACAGGGGAGUACGGAGAGCUGUGCCACGAGAGACUAGCCUCUAUGCUCGCUCUGCCAGAGGACCUGGCUCGCAUGUACAGGGACGAUAUCACAGCCACUGUGGUGUAUCUGAACUCUAACCUGGCCAGACCCCGACACAACUGACAGAAGGGGUUUCUCCUCUACAAUGCUGAACAGAGCAAAAAAACAAAGAUAAUGUCCAGAUCAUAGUCACUUCUCUAGGUCAGCGUCUGGUUGUUUUGGGGGCAAACAUUAAAACCUGUUACACAAAAUGUUUUUAAAAUGGAAAGAAAUUCCCAGUGUUUUAUAUGCGAAGAUUACAAAUCUAUCAACUCAUAAUAUGUUCUAUAUUUAUAAUAAAAGCAUCUAUCAGGUCAAAACACAUAUUUUUUGGAGAAAGGCUUUUUGUCCUGUACUGUUUUAAUGAAGGACUGUUUUUACAGACAUCUUGAGUUGCAUGUUAAUAUAAGAAAUGUUGGAAAGAAGCCCAAAUGAAUAAUGCAGACACUUACAUCGUUCUUUGCCUGCAACUACAUGUAUGCUUCUCUUUUUUUUUCUUGCACAGUUUGCUUUUAGACAAUCAGUCUGUGAGAUUUCUGUCUGUUUACUUGACCUUUGUUUAAACUGUGAAGUACACUCUGCGUAAUUGUUGUGUCCCCCAUGUUUUUGUUAUGUGUUGUACCGACACUCCGCUCUCUGUGAAAAAAGAUGCAGAUGUUACAGAUAACAUAAUCUAUCUUUUGUUUUGUUUUUGACGUCAGAUCCGUUGUCAAUAAAAAGUGAAUGAAAACAAAA